UUGCUUCAGUUGCCACUGGCCUGCGUGCUGGUGUCAGUGUCUGCGAACCCAGGCUACGCACCGUACCUCUACCACGGCCCUCCGGCGCCCUUAGCUCACGACGGGAGGGUGAUCGACACGCCUGAAGUGGCUCACGCGAAAGCUGCACACUUGGCAGCGCACGCGGCCGAGGCUGCCAAAGCGUCGCCUUCCGGCUACGAUUACUACGACGGGCAAUACGCUUCCUUCUCCGCGGGUGAGGCGCCUAAACUGUAUCACGGACCACCGGCACCCUUGGCUCACGACGGGAGGGUGAUUGACACCCCGGAAGUGGCGCACGCCAAGGCCGCUCACUUGGCUGCGCAUGCAGAGCAACUGUCGAAAGUCGCUCGCUUCUCUUAUCCAGAACCGUACGCCCAGAAUGAAAUGUGCCAGGCUAUUGUCUUAGUAAUUGUCAACGUGGCGUAUUCGGCGCCCCAAUGGUAUGGUGGCCAUGGCCACGCGGCUCCAGCUCCGUUGGGACCAGAUGGAAGAGUCGUCGAUACUCCGGAGGUGGCCCAAUUGAAGGCGUCGCAUUUGGCAGCAUUGGCCGAAGCUAACGCGAGGGCACCUAAAGCUGGUGGUCCUUACGGUGGAGCUCCUUACGGUGGAGCUCCUUACGGUGGAGCUCCUUACGGUGGACCUGCUGCUGGUGCUUACGGUGGUCCUGGCGCAUACGGUUCCCAUUACAGGUUU